AUGAAAUUCUCAACAGCUCUAUAUUUUUUUUACUAUUUUUUAGUUAUCAAUUGGUUAACACCAUGCAUAUCCAUUAGAAGUGAACCACCUUUAUAUUUUCCCUUAGGUGUUGACGAAUUAAAACAUUUAUUAAGACAUUCCCUUAUGACUGGCGUUACUAAUUCCGCUAAAAUCAUUAAUUUUAAGUUUAACGUAAUGGAGGCUUCUGUUGAAAAAUUUAAGAAUAGCACUCAGGAGGAAAGAAAUGAGAUGUUAAAUAGUAAAGAUCAAUUACUUAAUGCCAUUACUAAAUUAGCAGAAUUAAAAGAUUUAAAAAUCGAAGAAGUGGUUUUAAAAUAUAUAGCAAAUUUUGUUAUGGAUGAGUUAAUAAGAAUAAAUGAAGGAAAUCUAAAUGAAGCACAAGGUUAUCAGGAAUGUAGAGAAUAUAGUGGAAAUUAUGACAUUUAUAUAGAUCAAAAAUGUAAAAUGAUUUUGAAAGAAAUGAAAUAUAUAUGGAAUUCUAAUAUUUUUAUAAAAGAUAUUGAUCCUUUAUGGAAAGAUGAAAAAUGGGAUUUGUGGUAUAAAAAUUAUACACAUUUUGUAACUGCUUUAAAAAAAAAUAAUUAUAUGAUUUUUUUGUCAAUGCUACAAAAAAAUAUACAAAAGAAAUCAUGUAAAGGUAUUUAUGAAUUUUUGGAGAAAGACUUUAUGAGAUCUUAUUAUGGGCCAUUAAUGGCAGAAUUUGAUAAAUUUUUUAAAGAAACUUUAGGUGAAUGGAGAAAGAAAAGUCAAUGA